CCUCACCCUCCAGCCCGGCGCACUAUGCGAAGUUCUGCCAUCCGACACUCUCAUGGCUGAAGACGACAGCCUCGCCGCCCUCCAGGGCCUGCACCGCGACCUCUGCGCGCACAUCGAUCUGCAGCUGCCGGUGCUGGAGCGAUUGCUGCAGAAUCUGGAGACGCAUCUGGACGACCUGAAGACGCUGCUGGAGAAGAAGCCCAAGAGCGACGCCAGCAGACAGGCACUGAGCUCUGGCAAGAUUAACAUCGACGACAACGAGUACGAGGUCAACGAUGACUUCAAGCAGCAGACGCUCGAGCUGGCCGACGCCCUCAACCUCGACGAGCUGGACGCCGCCGCCCUCUUCCUUGGUGCACAUGGCGAAGCUCAGGAGCUGGACCGCUCGCAGCUGCAGACGGCCGUCAUCCGCUUUCACCGCCGCCGCGAAUAUGUCCUCCUCUGUCUGCGCAUCCUGAUGAAGACGGCCCUGGAGAAUGCAGACACCCAAGUCGAGGGGCUGCCGCAGCUGCAGCAGGCCGUACAGAUCAUCGUGGGUGUUGACGGCGCUGCGAACCCGGCAAACGCAUUUGGCUUCUGGGCCAAGUGUCUGACAAGCAUGGAUGCAAUCGAGAAAUGGCUGCACCAGAUUUCAGAGCGUGUCCAGAGCACACAUGUCGUUGGCCAAGUGCCCCUGCCUGGCUUCGUAGAAAUCAUGACCUUCCAGCGCCAGAGUCUGACGAGGCAGCACGAGAACUUGGCCGCAAUAUGCACGCACAUGAUCAAGGUGGGAUACGUGAACAUCGACAACUUCAGAGGCUUGAUAGCAAAGGCAAAGACACUCGAUAAACACGACCUCAUCACUAUCCACUAUGUGCCUAUGCUCAUUCGCAUCAUGUCUUGGGCGGCUGUCGAGACCAACGUAGUGCUCAAGGACGCGCGUGUCCUUCACGACACUCUGAUGGCAGGCCGGGAGAGUGAUAACUGGGCACUGAGAAACCUGCAUUCUGCGACACUGGCGUGGUGGCUCGCAGAGUACAGCGGACGAUAUGUGGACCCCAAUCCUCAAGAUCCAGCCAUGCAGAACAUUGAUUUUGCGAAAGAGGCCGAUACCCGAUCUGACAUCUUUCUCAAAGCUCUCAAUGAUGGCGCAUUCCAUUUCAUGCUGUCUUUCAGCCAGGAUGUGCGCCCGACGCAUUGGUACGACCCGCAGAAGACGAGCAUGCUGUCGACGCUGUUGCAAGACAGCGCUGUCUUGAGUCCAGAUUCAACACAACCCGAGGAUUUCUUCAAGACCAUUAUCAUGGAACAAGUUCAGACCUUCGUCGACUGCUUCAUCACCAAUAUGCCCGACACUCUGAGGAAGUUGAAGACUGAGGAAGACGACCAACGACGACGACUGCAGCUGCACUUUCAGCUUUCCACAGGGGAAUACCCGCUGCAUCUGGAGAGAUUCAUGAUGGUCGUAGCAUAUGCUUUCGACGGAUUCCCAGAUGCGGCAGAGGAUUUCUGGAGCGACAAGGAGAGCAAUCUGUAUGGGUUUCUGCAAUGGGCGGCCAAGCGACAACCCACCCCUCGGAUCGCCAUGUUCUGCGAAAUGCUGCGAGCCAUUUCCACCGGAGAUAGCAAUGCAGAAGCGGCACAUAGGUUUCUACUAGAGGAGGGUGCCUCUGCCCUUGGGAAGAUCCGGCGGACGAGCUCGCUCAGCUAUACACACAUCUUGAACGAACUUUUGGAGUUUGAAAAGGACAUUCAUGAGCCAAAGAAAGCUAUCCAGAGUGCACUAUAUGCCCAGUCGACCAAUCCUGUGGAUCAAAUCGUCGAGCCCGAGAGUGCUACCAUGUUGGAAAGUUAUCUCCGGCUUCUCGCACACGUGUUCCGCCAAAGCACUUCUGCGCGUAACUGGAUACUGGAUGUCAAGGAGUACGAUUUCGCCAAUAUCUGCUUUGGUCUCUGCACAGACAAGGUCGAGAGUGGACUUCGAGCCGCUGCUUACGAUGCUCUUUCGGCGCUACUCGUGGGCAAAGAUGCCAUGCGAGCUGGUGCUAUGUGGAGCAUACUGGACGACUGGACUGUCAAUGGAUUUUAUGUUGGUUCGAAACCCAACAACUCACUAGGAUCCGCAGCACGAGACGAAUUUUGGGCUACUCUGGCAGAUGGGUACGAUGAAUCCAUCGCAUUUGUUCGCUUCCUCCAUUCGCUCGUAGAGCCAUAUCCGGAGAACGAGGGCCUGAACGAUGCAUUGCCUUUCCCGGAAAGCCUGGGCUCUUCGCGCCGGAUGCCUGGCAUCGAAAACUACAUCGAUUUUGUCAUGCAACACGUUUUUGCUGAGAGAUCUCAGGAAGUGCUCGAUCCGUUGCAACGCAACGUCAUGAGAUGGACGUGCUUGCGUUUCAUUGCAACGUGUCUCUCAACGUUUAAUGAGAAUCUUGUUGUGUUUGCAAACAAAUCCAGCAUUCCAGUGGAUGCGGUCAUCGAUUCGUCUUCUCUUGCGGUCUAUAUUGCCCUUCAUCCGUUCACACGUAUAAUGGAGUGGCUGUUCAACGACAAGGUGAUCAAGGCUCUCUUCGCUGCAGCACAUCAGGACGUGAAUGAAGUUGAUGCUUCUCCAUCAGAUUCUCCUUUGGUUCAAUCUCUGAUGCUCAGCAUCGAGAUUAUGGACAUGGUGAUGAAGCUCCAGGCCACAUACCUCGACAUUGUCAAACCUGUUCUCAAACAACAGCCCUCAUUUCAACACUCGCCGGUGUCAAAUCUGUCCUUAGCCUCAUUUGAAGACGCUGUCCUCAACAAUCUGCAAAUCAUCGUUGAUCUUGGUCUCUAUUGCGGCACUGGUCACGAGGCGCUGACCAUCGCGUCACUCCAGCUCCUUGAAAAGAUGGCAUCUUCUCGAAAACUUGCGGUCUCCCCUGCAGGCUUCGGACAACGGUCUGGUCGCAGCAAGAUUGUUGGUAUACUCGAAAAGGAUAACGAAGCGGAACGUAUCGGUCGAUCGCUCUCGAACUUGAUGCGAUUCAAUCCUGAGGAGCUUGAAGCUGGAGAAGAAGCGUCUGGAUACAUUGUGAAGCUACGGAUUCUCAACUUCCUCAAUAGCUGCCUUGCUGCAGUAGCCCUCAGGCCGACUAUAGCUCACAUUCUCUUGGGCUUCUCGUGUGGUAGCAACACUGUGCGCAUUGCUGACGAUACCCUCUGGUCGAGUGGGCAAGCCUUGUUCCAUGCUAUCCUUCUUCUGGCAGUGGACUAUCCUGAUAACGAUGGGGACCAGUUCGUUGCUUGGAGAUCCGCGCUGAAGACACGGUGCUGGGAUGUUCUGCAAAAGCUAUGGCGUUCGCCAUUGACCAGUGCCAUUGUCAUGGAGGAGUUGCGAGACAACCAACUGUUGUUCGUUGAAGCAUCCCGAUUGUUUCCAGUAAACCUCGAUGUUUCUUGGGAGGGGAUGUCCCUGGCGCAAGGAGUUGAGGGCGCUGCUGGCGAAUUCUCAGAGUUUUUUGCAGGUCCCUCCGCUCUUGCGCUUCAGAACUUCUUACAACGACGUGCAGCUUUCCUGGAUUAUGAGUCAAGAGAGCUCUGUCUGACUGUCAAAGAGAACAUGCCCACCAUGAGGUCAAGAAUCCAAUCCAUCCUUCUCGGGACUACUGUCAGACCUGGAGAAGACCCCGUACCUAACCCAACCAUCUUCGAUCUGUUCGACUUCAUCGAAUUUGAUUACCCAGAGCGCUCGUUGCCAGAUCAACAUCGGUUCUUCGAGGGUGUUAGUCUCGCUUCUUGCCAGGAAGAAGUUGAGGGCAGCACUCUGUACUCGCUACCAUUGCUCGAACAAGUCAUCAGGCUCAAGAUGAAGUAUUGGCGAAAGGAUGGUUUGAUAAGAGACGAGGCUACAGAAAUCGAACUGGCUCAGCAAGCCGACGUGUCGUUGGCGAUCUUCGUUGACUGGAAUCGUCGCACACAAUUGCUUCGCUACCACAAGGAAAUCUUACAAUCGUGGGUUCAGGUACUCAUGGUGGCAGUGCACAGUUGCGAUUUUGAGGCUGGUGCGCGGUCCUCCUUCAUCUUGCAGACCCUGCAGGUCAUUCUGCCAAAGCUUGAACAAUCGUACAAAGACGACGUCUUCACUGCUUUGCAACUAGCCAGUCUCGCAGAAACCUUCGUUCAGAAAAUCGACUUUGGACUAACGGUCUUUGACAAGACUGGAGACUUCGCGAACGACCGAUUGUCCCAGCUUUUCCGUGCCGCGCUUACGGGUAUCUACAGCCCGAUAUCUACCCCUGAGCUUCGAGAGUACUGCUACCAAAUCUGCUUCCGAUACAUCCACGGCACCUUUGACAAGGCGACGACAAAUUCACCACUCGGUCGCCAUACUCUCAACGCGGUUAAGAACUGCGGCAGCCAUCUACUUGAAGUGGUUUGUGACGACGCUUACAAUGGCCAAGGGACUUGCAAAGUUUCCGCUCUACUCCUCUUGAACGCCUUGGUUGCAGUCGCAACCCGCCAACAGUCCAAGUAUGUUCUCGAAUCGUUUGUCUCGCUCAACUUUGUUGGCGUCCUGGUCGACAACAUCAAACACAUGCCUGAGGAACUCCAUGCCGCGGCCGCCCCGCAAGUCAUCGCCCUUCUAUCGUAUUACGAUGCUAGUCUAGCUCUCCUCCUUCGCGUAUCUCAAUCCCGACUCGGCGCCGCUUAUGUGCUCAAUGGUGGCCUUUUCCCGGCCAUACGCGAGUCGGGUGUCUUUUCCGUUGAUCCAGACAUUGGCCUCGAAUUUGACGACCCGGAUGCGUUGAACAAGUACUACGCACUCAUGCUGUCUGUCCUCAGGGUGGUCAAUGCUGCAGUCAUCGCGAGAGGACGGCAAAACGAGCAAACUGUCUUCCAAGCCCGAGAGUUCUUGAAAGAGAACAGACAUAGCAUGGUUGCCAUCUUCAAGAAGAGCAUCAACCUGGGCGGAGGACAAUCUGGAGAGGUAUCACAGGAUUUGGUGGAUCUGGUAGAUUGCUGGACGGUUUUGGUCGAGAUCACGGGGUUCUUGCAGUAUGAGGAGUCAUCAAGUGUGAAGAAGACACGACCGAAUCUGUUCUCGUGAGUCAAGGAUGGCAUUGGACCGCUGUUGGGGUUGAAAUCUUAGCGGAUCGGUACUUUUGUGCAUAUAUAGCGUAGCAAGCAUAUGUGGUUAAUAUAC